UCUCUGAUUUCGCGACGUCGGAGUCGACUCUUUACGUUAGAAAGAACGUAUACCCUGGGGGUAAUCAAAUCCCUUGACCUCCAUUCAUUCCAAUUCAUACUCGAGCUUCACUUUAAUCGUCUUGAUUGAUGGUGUUGAUUUACUAGAUGUUUCCUGUAUCUUGACCAUGAAGACUGUCUAUAGGGAACCUUACCAGAACCUUACAGUCAACGUACAGUGUUCAUGAUCUUGACACAGCUUUGCAGUUUGGUAAAUUACCAUAAUUACAAUAUUAGUGUGCUUUUUCGCGAGUGGAGCUGUGCUAUGCCGGGUUGGGCAUGAAUUCAAAACUGGCCAGUUUACGUUAAUAAUAACGUCCAAUAUAAUAAAAUCGGAUUCAGUUUAUUUUUUGAAGGCGUGUGAAAUAAAAAUGUAAUAAUUUGUGACAAAGCAAAAUUUACAGUUACAAUUAUUAGCCCGCUCUCAGCUGAAGUUUGUUGUGGCUGACAAACUGCUCAGUUUUGGGCUAUAAAUGAAAAAGACGAGCAUGCUUCAGUGUGCUGAUAAUCACGUACGGUUCUCCAAGUGUCACUAAAAUAACAAAUGCAUCGAUUGGAAAAUUGUAGAAUGCAAAAGUGUGUGAUUAUGGGGUCCUCUCCUUUAGAUCUUUAUGCACGGGAUUACUUCAAUUCCUUAAAUUCCAUAGCAGAGAAAAUUAGCGCGGAUAUUACUACAACGGUGGCAGCUUAUGAAGAUUUAUGGCAUACCUUAAGCAUAAGAGACCAACAUCAAGUUAUUAAUGAGACCAUUAUUCAUCCAGAAGUUGUAUUAAAAUACUCACUUUGCAAAAUUGAAAAUGAUUCAGCUGUCCAUGACAGUACUUUAUCACACAGCUACUGCAUUGAUGAUGGAAAAGGAAUGGGAUGGACUGAUGAACACUCAGCACCUUUCUCUUGGAAAACACGAAGUCAGCAAGAUCUUAGUGUGUUUUGUGAAGAUUCAAAGGAUUUGCAUGUUCAGGCCAACAGCAAAAAAUCAUUGCAAUCAGAACCUAUACGGAAAGUAAUUUCAUCAGGUCAUGAUUUGUUUAUUGAUCCUCCAAAUAUUGUUUUAGGUGGUUCCUCAUCAAAGUUGGCAUUUACUUCUGUGAAUGUUUCAUGUCCAGAGAGUAAUAACUUUCUAGAUAAGAUGAAAAGUAAAUCUGUUGUUCUGAAGAUACAAUCAGUGAAGGGACCCCCUAACAAGACAGACAGGAAUGUGCAAUCUGCUACAGAAAUUGAUAGUACAGCCUCAAGAGUAAGUGGAAACUGUAAAUCUUCAAAGACUCUGCCAUCAAGGCUGAUUUCAAAACCGAAGAAUCCACCGCCUCCACCUCCAAAAUCUAAACAGCUUUAUUCAAAUCCAUUGGAAACCAAUAAUAAGGAAAAAAAUACUUUGGAUAAACAACCACUUCCACGAUUGGAAGCAAAAGUUCCUGCUAUUGCUGAGGAUAAACUAUUUAUAGAUUCAUUUAAUGAUUUCCAUGUUGACAUCAAUACCAAAAGUGACUUGGUUCCAAAAACUGGGUUUGAUUUUUUGGAUAACUGGUAGUUAAAUGUAUUCAGAAAACUUCUUAUUCAUUUAUAAUUAGUAAAACUAUAAGCAAAGAUUGUGUAUUGCUAAUAUUAUACAGAUGCAUUUUUAAUGGGAAUUACUUUUAUUGUUACUUUAGCAUACAUCAAAGACUGAAAAAUGUGAUAGCAGCUACUUUGUGAAAACCAUUCAUAGUAAGCAGGAGUAUUGUUUCCAACUUUAUUUUGUUUACUUGCCAAGAAUGUCUGACUGUGAUAUUGACUGAGUAAUAACGAUGAUAAAAAAAAGGCCUAAGUCAGAGCAGCAACAUGGUGCAAAAAUGUGAUAUAAAAUAUAAUACAAGCAGUGGUUGGUGCACAUUGUGAGUUUUUUUAUGAAGAAUUGAGAAUUUACUUGGAUGCCCUUGUAAAUUUUUAGUGGAUUGAUUCCAAUUUCAGGGAAGAAUAAAUACUUUGAAAAUGGUAACAGUGGCAGAUAUAAGAGGAAAGAAGUUAUUGAUUUAGCUUUUCUAGAGGGCUGCAGAUGUGGGAUUGUAGCUGCAACUUGUGUUUUUGCGGGAUGCAUAAAAAUCCUUAACUUUGAACAAAUUAUUUGGCAUUUUUGAUACUUCAGUUUUAAUUAUAUGUUCACUUUCCCAAUAUGGUUGCAAGCAAAUUGCAUAAGAGAUUCUUUGUAUAACUUUCCUUAAUUCAUGCUUGCAGUUUUUCAAUUUCUCAGUUUAUAUGAGUAAACAUAUUUCUUAUAAAGGUGCUGCAGUUAUCCAUCACUGCAUGAUAAAGAACAUUUGUGAAAUAUCCUGAGAUACCUUUUGUACAGCAAGGGUCCAAAGUGGCCUUCAAGAACUUAAUUUUUGUAUUUGUGAAAAUUCUAACUUCAAACUUUCUUUUUUCUAACACAAUUCUCCUCUCUUCCCUAAGUCUCAAGCAACAUUUUAAAGUUUGCUACAUCUUUCGUGAUAAGAUUCUUAAGAUUUAUUUUCUUUCUCUUUUAAAAGAAUGUUGCAUAAUUCUAAUUUUGUUUUUGAAAUGAAAAUAUUUGCAUUUCAUGAAUGGUUAAGUUUAAAUCUAAUACUGUUGAUUUAAACUAUUGCUUACUAUUUGUGUACCAAAAUUCAUUUGCAUAAAUUGUAAAGAAAAAUAUGCCAGAUAAUCACAACUCUUUCUAGUCUGCUACUGGUAUGCGUUAACUGUAAGAAUGAAUUGCUCACAUAAAACAAUGUUCACUUCUAAAAGGAUGUAAGUAGGUAAAGCAGAGUGCUAAGAUUAGGAUUGGAUUCUCAAAAAUAGGUUGUUGUUUUUUGAUUUUUAAGAACAUUUCUAUAACUGAUUAGCUAUGCAAACAAAGGUUGAUGUGAAAUAUUUUGUAAAAUGUGUACUAUUAAUUACAUGUUGUACCAUUCUUUGUGCUUGACAUAAGAGAAUGACAUGAUGACAGUUGUCUAAUAGUAAUGACUGCUUUUUCAAUGUCUUAAUCUUUCCUUGUUUGUAGCAAUUUGGAAUGAAUAAAUGAAAGGGAUAAAGAGUCGUACCAGCUGAGCAAUUCUACAUUGCGUUUGACAACCAAAAUCAAUAUUUCAUGUUGUUUAAAACAUCCAGACAUUUUAAGUAUCGGCCUGAAAAAUAUCAAGGUUAAGGAGUGAAAGUUGGUAUUUUAUUUAGAUUGCCUGUGACUGCUUAUGUAGCACACAUUCGCAACAGAGGAAAAGCGCUUCUGUACUGCAGAUAUCAAGGUCCAGCAGUCAAGCACAAAGAACAUUGGUACAUACAAUUGUGCAAUUCAAGGCUACAAUCAUACAUUAAAAGCUUCUUCAAUUUUUUUUUUUUAUGAUUGCUAAUUUAAGUGUGAUGUAGUAAACAGCACAAUAUAAAUAAAAACCAACAUGCUAUGUCUGUGCAGAUUAAUUUUAAUUAAUUUAGUUUUUAAGAUUGCAUUCUAAGAAAUACAACUAUUUUUGUUGGCGAGAUGGUGUUAUUAUACAGAUAUUUUAAAUGAAAGUAAUUAUCUUUACCAAAUUUUUUAUUCAGUUGAUUAGGAGCUUUCUGUCACUUAGACAUCUUGAAAUCUGCUCUCUAGUUGAAUUUCUGACUCUUAAUGAAAGAUCCAAAAUGCCUGCAAGCCUUCAAAAACUCCUAAUUUAAUGAAACUUGGAUAAAGACAAUACCCCUUAUUUAAACUAAAAUGUUUCUUUUUGUUGUGGUUAAGUUUGAUUAAUUUGAGGAAAUGUAAAUAACAACCUCAGAAACGUAGUGAGAAAAUAAGAUUUUUUAUUUAUUUAUUAUGCAAGUGAAAUAUUUUUACUUUUAUUUUCUUUCUUCGAGUACAAUAAUUCAAU